AUGUCUUCAGUCCAGCGACUUGCAAAACGCAUCGUCCGCUACCCUGAAGACUCGGUUGCAUAUGUCUCCACCAGAGACUAUGUUGGCCGGUUUGUCAAGGAUCCACGGCGGCCUGUCGCCAACUAUCUCCUAAGCCUUUUCCCGAUUCUUUCGUGGAUAGGACGGUACCCGACUUCUGGCUGGAUUUGGGGGGAUUUAGUCGCUGGACUGACGGUGGGGCUGGUAGUGGUGCCUCAAGGAAUGUCAUACGCGCAGAUUGCAACCCUCCCUCCCCAAUAUGGAUUAUACUCCUCGUUCGUUGGCGUGACAAUUUACUGUCUAUUCGCCACAUCCAAAGACGUCUCCAUUGGCCCAGUGGCGGUCGUCAGUCUGAUUAUGUCUCAAAUCAUUGGACGUGUCACCGCCGCUCAUCCUAAACAGUGGGAGGGACCAGAACCACUUGCAGAAAUUGCUACGACGGUCGCCUUCAUCACCGGUUUCAUAGUUCUAGGCAUUGGCCUACUACGAAUUGGACGCAUUGUCGAGUUUAUUCCUGCCCCCGCCGUUUCAGGCUUCAUGACUGGUUCCGCGAUCAGCAUCGCUGCUGGACAAGUCCCGGGUUUGAUGGGCAUUACCGGUUUUAACACACGCGGAGCAACGUACCUCGUCAUCAUCAACACUUUGAAAGGUCUUCCACGGACAAAACUGGAUGCUGCCUGGGGGCUUCCAGCUCUCGUGGCUCUAUAUCUUAUCCGCUUUGCCUGUGAUAGGUUGAGCAAAAGAUUACCUCGUCGAGCUCGCGUCUUCUUCUUCAUCUCUGUCCUGAGAAAUGCCUUUGUGAUUCUGGUCAUGACGAUCGCUGCAUGGCUCUACACUCGUCAUCGUCGUUCGAGCAAAGGAACAUACCCCAUCAAAAUCCUACAAAACGUUCCUCGUGGCUUCCAACAUGUCGGCCAACCUACAGUCGAUCACGAGCUCGUCAAAGCUCUUGCGGGUGAACUUCCGCUCGCCACGAUUGUUCUCGUACUCGAGCAUAUUGCCAUCUCCAAAUCUUUUGGACGCUUGAAUGGGUACACCAUCAAUCCCAACCAAGAGCUCAUUGCCAUCGGUGUCACUAAUACUAUUGGCUCUUGUUUUGGUGCUUACCCUGCAACUGGCUCUUUCUCUCGCACGGCUCUCAAAUCAAAGUCCGGGGUUCGCACCCCCCUUGCGGGUCUGUUCUCUAGUGUGGUAGUCAUUGUUGCACUCUACGGUCUCACACCCGCCUUCUUCUGGAUUCCCAAUGCGACUCUGUCUGCUGUUAUCAUACAUGCUGUUGCUGAUCUGGUCGCCUCGCCACCUCAAGUAUACUCUUACUGGCGUGUGUCCCCGUUGGAGUUCAUCAUCUGGGUGGCAGCUGUGUUGACCACCGUCUUCUCCUCGGUGGAGAAUGGCAUCUAUGUCUCCAUCUCCACCUCCGUUGCGCUGCUACUGAUUCGGAUCGCCUAUCCUCGUGGCGCCUUCCUCGGAAAGGUUACGGUACACGGAAAUGCGUCGGACUCCAAAGAAACCCGCGAAGUCUUUGUCCCUCUGUCUACCAACGGCAUCAUCAACCCUCAUCUGAAAGUCGAUCCUCCAGCGCCUGGUGUGAUCGUCUACAGGUUUGAGGAAAGCGCUAUAUUUCCUAAUGCGGCUGCUCUAAACUUGGAGCUGGUCGACUAUGUCAAAAAGAACAUGCGACGAGGCAAGGAUAUAUCGAAUUUGCCGUUGAGUGAACGGCCAUGGAAUGACCCAGGUCCUAGUCGAAAUGGUGCUGCUGCAGACCAGGAAGCCAACGACAAGCUUCCCGUGCUACAUGCCAUUGUUUUCGAUUUCUCCGCCAUCUCCCAUAUCGACAUUACUGCCGUCCAGUCCCUCAUCGACACCCGAAUUGAGGUUGAAAGAUGGGCAGACCAUCCUGUCGAGUUCCACUUCGCCACACUUCUGUCGCCAUGGAUCCGUCGUGCAUUGAUUGCUGGAGGCUUUGGAACGGGGGUUCCUUCCUCGCAACUGCCUCGGGAGAUUGCUCAGGUGGUGUCUUACGGCGCAGACCUACAGCAGAGUAGUGAACAGCUGGACAAACGUGACACGUCGUCUGACUUGGAGGGGGGUGAUUCGAAACGUCCUGCCUCGUUUGGACCCAACUCUGAAGGAUAUGCCUCCGUUUUAGAGACAGACACUCCCUUCUUCCACUUUGACCUAGCAACUGCUGUCCGUGCUGCAGAGAGUGGCUCUUUAUCACAAUAA